UUUACCUUCCUACUUGCUUCACCUCUCACUCAAAGCAGCUCCAACAAUGGCUCAGGGAAGGGGCAGUGCAAGUCCAGCCACACUCACUGUGGCUGCACUAAUUUGCCUGGUGGCUCUCACCCACCAAGUUCAUGCAGCAACUUACACUGUUGGAGACACUGGUGGUUGGACCUUUAAUGUGGAUAGUUGGCCCAAAGGAAAACGCUUUAAAGCUGGUGAUACACUAGUUUUCAAUUAUGAUGCAACAUCCCACAAUGUGGUAGCUGUGAACAAAGCAGGUUACAGCAGCUGUAGUGCUCCGGCGCGAGCAAAAGUGUAUAAAUCAGGGAAAGAUCAGAUUAAACUGGUGAAGGGACAAAACUACUUCAUAUGCAGCGUUUCUGGGCACUGUCAGUCUGGAAUGAAGAUUGCUAUUAAUGCUGCUGCAUGAAGUAAAAGCCCAGAUUAACUACAGCUUCUGGGUUAUCUCCCUUAUAUAUAUGUGUAUACAUAGAUAUAUAGGACAGUACUGUUCUAUUAAUGCGUGUAUUUGCGAGUAUGGCUUAUUGAACUUUCGUGUGUCUUAUCUUUCAAAGAUCUCUGGAAUCCUAUGUUGGUGUUGCAGGGUUAAUAAAGUUUGUUGGAUUAGAUCC